GGUUGGCAACACUGCAGGCGGGUCAGGCACCGGAAACCAGAACGCCGGGAAGUAAACAAACACCGUCAACCUAGUGGACAACCCCGACAACAAAACAGCUUGACAGCUUGUCUCGAGGACUCCGAUGUGCUCGUUCUAAACUUUUACUGUUUUACGUGUUACGGUCUUCGCAGCGUUUUUACUGUGACUUUUGUGGUCGACUAUGGAUUUUAUCGUACGGCGAAUAACAGGGAUUUCCAGGGAAUAAUCGGGGAAAAUCGGUCGUCUUUUUCCUCGUUUUCGUUCCCGAAGAAGGUGAGCUAGCAACACUGGACAAGCGAAGGCCGAAAUGGCGGCUCCCUCCUGUGCUGUCGCGAAUAGAACUGUUUUAGCGUAUUUCUGACGGCACCCUUGGCCCGUGUGCGCUGCUGUUCGACCCAGAGACCUCGCCGCAGCCGGACAGCGCGAUCCCUUGACGAUCGGACAACUCUUCGGCCCGGACAAGUUGUUCGACGCGGACUGACUGCCGAAGCGCUCUAAGCCUAAAAAGAGGUUUGGCUCGGUGCUUCACUGAUUUCGGACCCGUCGUCCAAGUCCUCUUUCACUCGGGUUUGCGGACAGCGCAGUAACGCUCGCUCGCUGGACUGGUUCGGAAGGGACGCAGCGCGCGCAUUAGGCGAAAUCCCGGCGGCGUGCUUGGAACUGGGACGCUCUCGGCGCCGCUGGGCGCCCCGUUAGUUUACGGCGAUCCUCUAGCGACAGCACCAGUGGCUGACGCAUCCUACGCCUGUGGCGGCAAACCAUUUCCCCUCGGCGGCUCCAUGUUCGGCGUGGACGACCACGACUGGCGCUUGGGUCCCCGCUGCCCGCGGCGGCGGUGCGGCGCGAGCACGGCGCGAACUGAGCGGCCGCUGUGAUUCGGUUGCCAAGGGAACUGGCGGGCCUCGCCGGCGGAACCCCCCGUGCUCUGUCGGGGGCGCUCGGGCCCCCCGCGUACUUUUCACGAGAGAACUGCUAGGCUGACGUAGGAACUGCCCCGCGUAGGAACUGUACGCCGAGCGCCGUUGGAGUGGUCGCCUCUCCGGUUGGCCGAGCUAGCAUGGUGGGCUCAGAAGCACAGCCACCGCAGCGGGUGCAGUUGGCCAAGGAAGACCUGGAGCGGCUCUCGAAGGAGGAGCUACUAGCAAAGUGGCAGGAGCAGAACAGCUACCUGGACUACCUUGAGAGCAAGGCGGGCAGCUCGGCGGCUGACAACCAGGAGCUGGCCCUCCUGCGUGAGUCUGAGGAGAAGCUGAAGCAGCAGCAGCUGGAGGCCACCCGGCGGGAGAAUGUGCUCGUCAUGCGCCUCACCACCAAGGAGCAGGAGAUGCAGGAGUGUGCCCACCAGAUCCAGGAGCUGAAGGGGGGCGGUGCGGCGGGCGGCUGGACGCGGCAGCUGCGGGCGGCGCUGCUGGACCCUGCAGUGAACCUGCUCUUCGAGCGGAUGAAGCGCGAAGUGGACUCGAUGCGCAGCCGGCUGCAGGAGACACAGAACGAACUGAGCGCCUGGAAGUUCACCCCUGACAGCAACACGGGAAAGCGGCUGAUGGCCAAGUGCCGACUGCUGUACCAGGAAAAUGAGGAGCUGGGCAAGAUGAUAUCGUCUGGCCGUCUGGCUAAGCUCGAGGGAGAUCUGGCUUUGCAGCGGAACUUCAGCGAGGAGAUGAAGAAGAGCCAGACGGAGCAAGAUGAGUUCCUUCUGGAGCUCGACGAGGAGGUGGAAGGGAUGCAGAGCACCAUCUACCUGCUGCAGCAGCAGCUGCGUGAGGCCAAGGAGCAGCUGGCACGUCUGCAGGCGGACAAGCGGCUCACCAAUGGCGACUCCGCACCCACACCCAAGGAGGCAGACACCCUACCCAACGGCCACCUGGCCGAAGAGGAAGACCGGCCUCGGGAGGCCCGAACCGUGGACGCGGGGGACGGGGGUGCGGCCACUAAGGCCAAGAGGGGCGCUGCGAGGGCCGGCAGGGCACCUGCCCGACGGUCUGCGGCACCACGGACCCGCAAGCGUGCGCGUGAACAGAGUUUGGACAGCCCUGAGGCCAAGGUUGCAGCACUCGAGAUCGAUGCGGACACAGAGGUGCAGGUUGCACAGACUUUGGCCUGCUGGUCGCUGGUUAACAAGGAGCGGCAGCAGGACGGCUCCUCGGACUCUGCGGCCGCCGACGACGCCCAGGACCUCUGAGGGCGCACAAACUGUGGCAGCGUGGAAACGUCUGCCCCGGCUGUGCCGAUGCCUCUUGCCUGUGGCUUGGCAAGAGACGUGUCGUGUUUGGUACGGCCACGCGCGCCCUCCGGUGUUAAGAAGCGCGUCGCUCGCUGUGUGGGGGGCGGUUCUCCAAGCACAAAUCAUGCCGCGCAAUUUCUUCCCCGAUUUUGCAGGUUUGGCCGGCGAGCACCGCUGUGGAGUCAGACACUUGGGGAAUUCUUUGUCUCCUGUGGUCCUCCCCUUGUGUGUGUUUGUGUGUGUCAUUCAUCUAUUCGUUGCUUAGGCCAACAUGGGGUGGAACAACCACUUUUGGUCUGGUUUUCUUAGCAGCAUUUCAUUGGGGAUGAACGCUACCGCGAAAACUUUAUGUCGAGGUUCCUUUAUCUUCCUUGACGAGAGGCAGAAGGUCUCGGAGAUGUUAGGACAGUCACUUGUUCAUGAUUGUGAGAUCGCUCCACAAAUAAAUGACAGCGUUGGCCAGCUUUGGCCAUCCACAUGCA